AUGCUUCGUCCCUCAAAGUACCCGCAACAGAGAACUAGCGACAUCGACGAAUUCAUACAGCAAUCACUCCCUGCCAGUAUUCGAGCCAAGAAUGAAUUACGUUUUCGCACGCAGGAAGGCGAUCCAGCUGAUCCUCACUGGGGCUAUCAGGAAACAACUGCCUCUGCCAAAAUACAAGAGUGGGGACAGAAGAACACUGUUACAACUUCACUGAUCGGUUGUGGCUACUAUGGCACUAUAACACCUCCAGUAAUACAAAGGAAUGUGUUAGAGAACCCAGCAUGGUAUACCAGCUACACUCCCUAUCAAGCUGAAAUCAGCCAAGGCCGUUUAGAGUCGCUCCUGAACUUCCAGACACUGGUCACCGACCUGACCGGCUUGACUAUUGCCAAUGCCUCUCUGCUUGACGAGGCUACAGCUGCAGCUGAAGCGAUGACGAUGAGUAUGAAUACUCUCUCCAUGUCUAGGCAGAAGAAGAAAGACAAGACUUUUGUAGUUUCCGAAACGUGCCAUCCACAGACAAUUGCAGUAUUAGAGUCGAGGGCAAACGGUUUCGGUAUAAAUAUAGUGGUCGGUGAUGUCUUGGCUGAUGAUUGCAAGCUCGUCAAAGAACAGGGCGACAAUCUGAUGGGUGUACUGGCACAGUAUCCAGACACGUAUGGCGGUGUGCACGAUUACCAGAAGCUGGCCGACGUUGUCCAUGACUCCAAAGCUACUUUCUCAGUCGCGACAGAUCUGCUUGCUUUGACUCACCUAAAGCCUCCAGGUGAGUUUGGAGCUGACAUUGCCUUUGGCAGUGCUCAGAGAUUCGGUGUACCGCUUGGUUUUGGCGGCCCACAUGCAGCCUUCUUCGCAUGCAGCGAUCAGCACAAACGAAAGAUUCCUGGUCGGCUGGUUGGCGUGUCCAAAGAUCGACUUGGGAACCAAUCUAUGAGAUUAGCCUUGCAAACUCGAGAACAACACAUUCGACGUGACAAGGCAACCUCCAAUAUCUGCACUGCUCAAGCUCUUCUGGCAAACAUGGCAUCUCUAUAUGCUGUUUACCACGGUCCCAAAGGUCUACAAGCAAUUGCGAACCGAGUUUGGACUAUGACCAGUCUAGCUCAAAAACUUCUCACCAACAAAAGCUUCAAUGUUGUGACUAGAGGCCCUGGUAGCUCUGGUGCUGUACUUUUCGACACAAUUGUCGUUGAGGCAGACCCAAGUCAAGUCAAAGAAGUACUUCGAAAUGCUGCCGCCUCCAGUAUCUCAUUACGAGAAAUCGCAGACGACAAAAUUGGAAUGUCCUUCGGAGAGGACGUCUCGACAACCGCUUUCAAGAAACUCAUGAAGUGUUUCGGUAUCUCACAGCAAGAGAUUGACUCUUGUGAGCAAAGCUCUACGUAUGCUGACAGCAUACCAGAGAAUUUACGGAGAACCUCAUCUUUCCUCACACACUCUGUGUUUAAUUCUCACCACUCCGAAACGGAAUUGCUGCGAUACAUCUACCAUCUGGCAUCGAAAGAUCUCUCCUUGGUUCAUUCAAUGAUUCCGCUAGGAUCGUGCACCAUGAAAUUGAAUGCCACCACAGAAAUGCUCCCAAUCACAGAUCCGAGGUGGGCUCAUAUACAUCCUUUCGCUCCAGCUGAGCAUACAGCUGGCUACAAAGCCCUCAUCGACUCGUUAUCUGACAUGCUGGUCCAGAUUACAGGCAUGGAUGAUGUGAGCUUGCAACCUAAUUCCGGUGCACAAGGUGAAUUCGCUGGUUUGAGAGUAAUCAAGAAAUAUCAAGAGAAUCGGGCAGAUGGGAAGCAGAGAGACAUCUGCCUGAUACCCGUCUCGGCGCAUGGCACCAACCCAGCUAGUGCAGCGAUGGCUGGUAUGAAGGUAGUCACGCUCAAGUGUGACACUAAAACAGGUAACCUGGAUCUGAAGGAUCUGGAAGAGAAAUGUGAAAAAUACAAGGAUAACCUGGCAGCCAUCAUGGUCACCUACCCCAGCACGUUUGGUGUGUUCGAGCCGGAAAUCAAGCGUGUCUGCGAUUUGGUGCACGAGCACGGAGGCCAAGUCUAUAUGGAUGGUGCAAACUUGAAUGCACAAAUUGGAUUGUGUAGCCCAGGCGAGAUUGGCGCCGAUGUCUGCCAUCUGAAUCUGCACAAAACAUUCUGCAUACCGCAUGGUGGUGGUGGCCCUGGUGUCGGACCAAUCGCAGUAAAGCAGCACCUGGCUCAACAUCUUCCUGACCACCCUCAUAUCGACCCUCACCCCAAAUCUGGUUCGGAUCGUUCAUCGACCGCUAUCAGUCCUAUCAGUGCUGCGCCCUGGGGUAGCUCUCUGAUACUUCCAAUUAGCUGGAUCUAUAUUGCUUUGAUGGGCAGUGCUGGUCUAACGUAUCAAACCAAGAUUGCGCUCCUCAACGCGAACUAUAUUAUGUCGCGUCUGAAGGAGCAUUACCCAAUUGUGUACACAAAUGAGAACGGCAGGUGUGCGCAUGAGUUUAUCCUAGACUGUCGUGCUUUCAAGGAGUCUUGUGGCAUUGAGGCGAUCGAUAUUGCUAAACGUCUGCAAGACUACGGCUUUCAUGCACCUACCAUGUCGUGGCCUGUUGCCAACACACUCAUGAUCGAGCCUACUGAGUCUGAAAGCAAGAAAGAGUUAGAUCGCUUCUGCGAUGCCUUCAUUUCGAUCCGUAAGGAGAUCCAAGCCAUCGAGGACGGGAAGGUACCCAAGGAGAACAACUUGCUUAAAAAUGCACCGCAUCCUCAACAAGAUCUCCUGCAAGAUGAAUGGGAUCGACCAUACACAAGAGCACAAGCGGCAUAUCCUUUGUCGUGGCUUAGAGAGAAGAAGUUUUGGCCUAGUGUCGCACGAGUUGACGAUGCUUUUGGUGACACGAAUCUUUUCUGUACUUGUACACCUGUGGAAGGAUACGAAGAGGAAGGGUUCACUGGUCAUCAGGCGCCUAUGCCAACAUAG